GUUCUUGGGAAGGGAUGAGCGGCAUUCCCUUCGUCAUCGCCGCCGAUGACGCCGAGCAGCAGCGAUCCUCCUCAGGUAUGAGCAUCCAGGCCUUCCUCGGCAGCCUCGUGGAACCGACGCGCGAUCUGGCGCGCCCGCCGAUCUCCAAUUUCCGGGUCGGAGCAGUGGGGCUGGGAUCCAGCGGGCGGGUCUUCCGGGGCGUCAAUCUGGAGUUCCCGGGCCUGCCACUUCACCAUUCCGUCCACGCCGAGCAGUUCUUAGUUGCGAAUCUGGCGCAGCACGGCGAGAUUUCGAUCGAGUUCUUGGCGGUCUCGGCCGCGCCUUGCGGCCACUGCCGCCAGUUCCUCCAGGAGCUCCGCGGCGCCAAGGAUCUCGAGCUCUUCAUCGUCGACGACGAUCUUCUCGCGCAGGAUCUCGACUUUCCCCUGCUGCUAGAGUCCAGGAACAAUGGCUUGGUCUUCGAGGGACUAGAUCACAAGUGCUACCGUGGUCGCGAGGAAGACGGUCUCGAUCUCUCCGGACUGGAAGAUGAGAGCCUUAGAGACACCGCGCUGGAGGCUGCGAACAAAUCUUACGCUCCAUACACCGGCUGUCCCUCCGGAGUAGCGAUCUUCACCAGGAGCGCCAGAGUUUUUGCCGGAUCUUACUGCGAGUCUGCCGCUUUCAACCCGAGCUUGCCCCCUCUCCAGGCCGCCAUUGUGGCUUUCGUCGCGAAUGGUGGUGGUGGCUACCAAGACAUUGUCUGUGCGGUUUUAGUGGAGAAGAAAAACUCUUCCGUCCAGCAAGCUCCAACGACGAGGAUGGCGCUGGAUCAAAUCAGCCCCCGGUGCCCGCUCCACGUCUACUACGCUGGAUCUCCAUUCAAGGAUUGAUGGAGCGCUUACUAUCACAUUCAUCACAGGGAGACAAUGACAACCCUUCAAACAAUAAUUCUUCCAAGAAGAACUCUCAGAUUCUCUCCAGAUUGGAUCCAUUGCAAUCGAAAGUGUCAUAGAUC